AUGGCCUUGCUCGAUGCCAAGAGGCUACUCAGGUUAGCUUAUCACUACCCGAGACUACAGAAUACUUGGUACUUGAUUGCAACUGCGGCUUUACUCGAGUUGAAUCUUGUUGAGGAAAUACCGGCAAUAUUACAUUUUGCACUUCGACAACAAUUGCUUGAAUUCAGCAGUGACGAAGACAGAGUCGUCAAUAAUGAAUACAUGAUAAAAUUGGCAAAUGACUCUAUUGAAUCGAGCAGGAGAUCCAUCAAGCUCAAUUCGAUUGGUGUCAAAGUCCCAGAUGUAUUGAUCCCUGGCACUUACUACAAACUUAUUCCUUUAAACUACAAGUACACCCGCGGGGAAGACAUACAGAGGAAACAACAGUUUAUUGUAAAGGCAAUGUGUGAGGUUAUUUUAAAGUUGAGUGCUCUUUGUGGACUUCCAAAAGCAAUCAAUGGAUUAACCGUCUUGAAAGCAGCUACGCCCGCGAGGUUUGCACAGAUAAGUACUGCGAGACCCAAUGAGAUCAAGACCACACAAGAUGCUUCCAACGCUAAAAACACAAUCGAUGGACCUAUUUCUUCCGUCUCGAUUGAUACCGCUAGAGUAAAGUCUAAUCUACUCAGAGGUUCAUCAUUUUGGAACACAAUUUUUUCAAACAAAAUCAACCAGAGAAUCAGAAAUCAAAUGGUUGACGCGUACCCAGACUUGUGGUACUAUACAUACCAGCAUAUAUACUCGCCCUUGUUGAGUUACACUGAUAUAUUGACGGCGAAAAAGACGUCUUUGGUUAUGAUUGCAUGUUUAAUACCCCAACAUGUGGAGCCGCAAUUGAAGGGACAUUUGACCGGGGCCAUAAACAAUGGGGCCUCAAGGGGAGAGAUUCUGAGUACCAAAGAGCUAGUUUCGGAGAUUUGUCUGUGGCAAGAGGUGCCAAUUGCAGAGAACGUUGUUGCCAAACUUUGA